UUAUGCGAAAACACAUCUGUCUUUGUUCUACAUUGGAAGUUAUUUGUGUUGAGAAAUUACAGGUGCUGCUUGUGUGGUGUAAUAUAGAACGGCAGUUAUCCAUAAACACCUAUCGAAUAAUACAUUGUGAUCGCCGUUGCCUGCACUACAUCGCUAGCAUAUGUGGGGAUAGUAUUUUGGAUAAAUCAACAGUUUUAUAUAUAGUUUGAGCAUUUCAGCGUGUUGUUUUAAGUAACGUGUUCCGACAUGAGUGAUUCACAACAGCCGUCGUGCUCAAGAAAACCCGCUUCCACAAAUGCCAGCGGCAGUAAUCUCGCUUCCGAUCCGCCAAUGCUCAAUCUUGAGGAGGCGGAAGAAGAUCGUAAGCAUAUGCAAAAAAUUGUAGCGGCCUUGCGUUAUUAUCAAAAAUACUGCUAUGCUCGCGUCAACAAGACUGAAAGCUACCUCAAUAGUCUUCCCAAACGCCAUCAGGACAUGUUGGUUAAAUAUCGCAAUCAUUUGCGUGUAGUAAGAGACUGCAUUGAUGAAAAUCAAAAGGUGAUUAAGAAAAUGCUGCGUGACAAUGUCGGCUUUAUGGAUAUGGGCGGUUCGGAGUAUUUGUCACAACAGGAUAGCGAUGGACACACUACAAAAAUAAGACAUCAAGAUAUGGAACAUGCAACAGAGCAAGCUGAUGUUGAACCUUUUAAAAUUUUAAAGGCCCAAUCGACACUCAAAUUAAUUGCGCGCGAUUGGAGUGCAGCCUGCGCAGAGGAACGUGAGCAGUCAUACAAACCGAUCAUCGAUGCCGUCGAGGAAUUCUUCAAACCUGGCGAAUUUGCCUUGAAUGAGGUGAAGAUACUUGUGCCUGGCGCCGGACUUGGUCGUCUCACCUACGAGCUUGCCUGUCGUGGUUAUGAAUGUGAGGGCAAUGAAUUUUCAUAUUUCAUGUUAAUUGCCUCAUAUUUUGUCUUGAAUCUUUGCACCGAGGAGAAUAAAUACACACUCUAUCCCUGGGUGCAUCAAUACGUGAAUAAUUUACGUAUGGCCGAUCAGGUGGCGCCUAUACGCUUUCCUGACAUUUGUCCGGCGAAAAAUCCACCAAAGGGCAAUAUAAUGAUAGCGGCGGGCGAUUUCUUGGAGGUCUACAAAACGCCAAACAGCUAUGAUUGUGUCGCGACAUGCUUCUUUAUUGACUGUGGCAAUAAUAUUGUGGACUUUAUUGAAACUAUUUUUAGAAUAUUAAAACCCGGCGGUAUUUGGGUGAAUUUGGGUCCACUACUCUAUCACUUUAGCGAUGUACAAGGUGAGAAUAGCAUCGAACCCACUUUCGAGAACUUGGAGUUGAUCAUCAAAAUGGUUGGUUUUGAAUUUCUACGCUGUCAGACGGGUGUGCGCACCAAGUAUGCGCAAAAUCCACAAUCCAUGCUGAAAAGUGAAUAUGAAAGUUUGUUUUGGGUGUGUCGAAAACCGGCAAAUGCCACAGACAGCACUGACAAUGAGUCACAUUGCGACGAUGAUGCAGCUGAGUCUGGUGGUGAGGGUAGCAGUAACCAAACGAAUAACCACUAUGUAGAUAUUUACAGUAAUGGUUAUCGAAAUGCUUACCAGCAUCAAUAGUACUGUUUGGUGGUAUUGCGGUUGUUGAGCAAACGUAGGCGGGAGACGACAAAUUGUGCAGGGUGUAAUAACUUGCCUAAUAGCCUUAGUUAUUAGUAAUUUUGCAAUUAUAGGAUUUUAUUUUUUUUUUUUAAA